AUGUUCGAUCUGGAAGGCGGCUGGAACGUCUCUUUCGCCGGCUGCGGGUUUCUGGGUGUUUAUCAUAUCGGUGCAGCGAGUAGUAUCCAAGAACACGCUCCUUACCUGACCAGGGACGCCACCAGGAUCUAUGGAGCAUCCGCCGGAGCGCUCACCGCCGCCGCUGUGGUUUGCGGGGUUCCGCUGGACAGUUGUUGUGCAGAUGUCAUGAAAGUAGCUAAGGAAGCCAGAAAAAGACACCUAGGACCUCUGCACCCAUCCUUCAACCUCGUAAAAAUAAUUAAAAAUGGACUUUUCAGGAGUCUUCCAGAAAAUGCACACCAACUAGCCACAGGCAGGCUCUGCAUUUCUCUUACACGGGUACCCGACGGUGAGAAUGUGCUGGUAUCUGAGUUCAACUCUAAGGAAGAACUCAUUCAGGCUCUGAUCUGCAGUGCCUUUGUUCCAAUUUAUUGUGGACUCAUUCCACCAUCUUUUCAAGGAGUGCGUUAUGUGGAUGGAGGGAUCAGCAACAACCUACCUCUUUCUGAAUUGAAGAACACAAUUACAGUGUCUCCAUUCUCUGGAGAAAGUGAUAUCUGUCCUCGAGACAACCCCAGCAAUUUCCAUGAACUGCGGGUCACCAAUACCAGCAUCCAAUUUAGCUUGGGAAACCUGUAUCGACUGACCCGAGCACUCUUCCCUCCAGAACCAAAGGUGCUUGGUGAAAUGUGUCAUCAAGGGUAUGGAGAUGCACUUCGAUUUCUUAAAGGGAAUAAUCUGCUUAAAAUGCCAGUUCUUACAGUUGAUUUGACUUCUGUCACAUCAAUGAGGGAGAUUGACAAAUCUUACAAACAGUAUCAGGACAAUUGUAACAGCAAAUCUCUGGAACAGGAGGAGGUAACAAUGGUUACAAACAAAGCUUCAGCACCAAAACCCAAAUCAAACAAUCAACAACUGAGGAAAAAGCAUUGGUCAUCAGCUUUGGAUGCAGAAACAGACAAUUUACCACCAAGACUUUGUAUCGCGUUGCAUGAAGCUUGUAAGGAGACAAGUGGUCUUUAUGCACAGCUUAGCAACCUCCUCUUGGUUAGAAUGGCAUCUUAUGCAAUGUUGCCUUACACACUACCAUUGGAGUCUGCUUAUUCUUUUGGUUGCAGGUUAGUGGCGUGGCUUCCUGAUGUCCCAGAAGAUGUCAGUUGGAUUCGUGAGCAAUUGCAUAUUAUCAGUGGUGUCAUUUAUCACCGAGCGACAAAGCGGUUUCGGCUGAGUCCACGUUCUAGUGUUCUACCUAAUGUACCUCUAAGAAAAUGCUUUAGCCUACCACCUAUCUCCAAUCCACGCCAACCUUACUUCACUUCUCAAAUCUCAUCUGUGGAGCUUCACUCCCAGCAGUUUGGAUUGCAGGAGCUGGGGAAUUCAAUGCUGUGUGAAUCUGAUGCUUUGGCAAAGCAAGAUCUAGUUGCGUCAGACAAGCAAAUUCAUUUUUUCACCAGCUCUUAUGAAUCCUGAAUGGUGACAGAAGAUUUGGAAAGACUGCCAAACAGGACAUCUUUUCAGAGAGAUGUGUGUUGCCUCCGACAGUCGUCAUUCCUAUAUUCAGUCAGAGUAACCAAUGUUUCUCCUAGUUUCAAGUUAAUUGUCUUAAAUCCACUUAAAUGUUUACCUCAGAAUUGUUGUACAAUCCAAACUGCUUUUCAGGAAUCUUAACGUGUUAGGAAUUACAUAGGGCAUGACUUUGUUUGCACUUUAUUGUUAACCAGAUACAAAUGGCUUCCACAGCAUUGGUGAUUAAUGCUGAACUGUU